AUGGCAGCUCCAGGAGGUCAAUUCUUUAUCCAGGCUAAGCUGGACCAGGUUGCGCCGCAUCACGAGUCCUUCAAACAAUUAUGGGAGACGAAAUGGAAGAAGCCAGCUGAGAUGGGCGUAUAUCCUUUCAUGUUCGCGACAGCGAAAGACUUCCUACCGAUCGUUGAGGAAAUGGAAAGGAGGAAUAUGCGCGAGCCCUACGACUGGGAUGAAUACGCGUCAGUAUUCGUUCCCAAAGCCAAGGAACUAGUUGCCAAUGCAGUGUCUGCGGAGAACGCCGGCGACAACGACAAGGCUUCGGAAUACUACCUACGCGCAUCGGCGGUUUACCGAAUCUCGCGAUUCCCGGCCCCACGGUCGCCGAAGCAAAUGGAAGCCUGGGUCGAAGGCAAGGAGGCGUGUUUCAAAGGGCUAGGCCUGCGCGAACACCCCUCAUAUGAUAUCCACGUCCCGCAUACCCAUGGCCUACCCCACGAAGGCACGUCGAUCCCCAUCGGCCACCACCUCCCCGCCAGCGCCUCAAAAGCGAACCCGGCCCCCCUCAUGAUCAUCAUCACCGGCCUCGACGGCUACCGCACCGAGCUCGCCGUAUGGAUUGAAGGAUGGCGACGUCACGGUGUUGCGACCGCGAUCCUCGAGAUCCCCGGCACCGGCGACUCGCCCGCCGACCCGAAGGAUCGAACCAGCCCCGACAGAGUGUUUUCCAGCUUGCUGGACUGGGUCGACCAGCAGGGGGGGAUCGAUAGUGGCAAGGUGUGCGCCUGGGGGUUCUCGACGGGCGGGUUCUAUGCGAUCAGGCUGGCGCAUACGCAUGCGAAGCGGCUGGCGGGUGUGGCAGCGCUUGGCGGCGGGUGUCAUUAUAUGUUUGAGCCGGCAUGGUUGGAUCAGGUGAACCAUUUGGAGUACCCGUUCGACCUCGCCAACACGCUCUGCUAUAAGUGGGGAUACGGCGAUGAUGUCGAGACGUUCAAGAAAGAGGCUUCGGAUAAGUUCUCCUUACUGAAAGAUGGUACCCUCGACAUACCGGAGUGUGCGAGAUUACUCCUUGUCAACGGCACUGAGGACGAGAUCUUCCCAAUUGAUGACUACUACCUCGCUUUACAGCACGGUGCACCGAAGGAAGUCCGCUUUGUACCUAGACUGAAGCAUAUGGGAGAGCCGGAGUCAUUCCUCGUGAUCCUCAAAUGGUUCUAUAACAUCCUCGGUAUCGACGGCAAUCCGGGUGCGCAGCUUUCCACCCUGCCGUUCCAACCUAAAUACGACUAG